AUGGCUACUCAAAAAGUGACGAUAAUGGAAGACUCUGAUCAAAACAUUCAUCUGAAAAACUUGUCUCUUCUGCAAGCAACCAAUGAAGAGGAAGCCUUAAACCUACUCUUCUUGGGAGACACCAACAGAAUGAUUGCUGAGACACCGAUGAAUCAAGCCUCAAGCCGAUCUCACUGCAUUUUCACUAUUUAUGUCUCCAGCAAGGAACCUGGAUCUGCAACUAUUCGAUGCUCCAAGUUGCAUUUAGUAGACCUUGCUGGAUCAGAGCGUGUUGCAAAGACUGGAAUUGGAGGCCACUUACUGACAGAAGCCAAAUAUAUCAACCUGUCAUUACAUUAUUUGGAGCAGGUAAUAAUUGCCCUUGCAGAGAAAAACCGGUCCCACAUUCCUUACCGAAACUCUAUGAUGACCUCAGUCCUAAGAGACAGCCUGGGAGGAAACUGCAUGACUACCAUGAUAGCAACACUUGCUAUGGACAAAAGAAACAUAGAUGAAUCUAUAUCAACCUGCAGAUUUGCACAGCGAGUUGCUCUUAUUAAGAACGAAGCAGUUCUUAAUGAAGAAAUUGACCCCAGAUUGAUGAUUGUCCAGCUGAAAAAGGAGAUCCGGAAUCUGAAGGAUGAGUUGGCAUUGGUGACUGGCAAGCAAAGAAUGUCAGAGCUUUCCCAAGAAGAACUACUUCAGUUGGAUGAGUUAAUUCAAACAUUUCUCAAAGACAGAGAUCCUGAUAGCUCUCUGGAUGUUGGUGCUGACAUGCGCAAGAUCAAGUAUUGCUUCGUUCAUAUGAAGCAAAUUAUAAACCAUCCAGUGACUUCAGGUAAAAAACUUUUCUCACAAGACAUCUCUGAAGAAAAAAAACAAAAUGAAGAACUGGGAAAACUGAAAGAGCUUCUGCAACAAAGAGACAAUGAAAUCAAUAUUCUAGUAACUAUGCUUAAAAAAGAAAAAAAGAAGGCACAAGGUGCUCUUUCCCAGCUUAAUACCACCUAUGCUGAUUCUACUGUCUUGAAGCAGUGUCCUUCUAUGAACUUGGAAGAAAGUCGAAGUCCAUCCAGAUAUUUUAGCCUGGAAGAGGCAAAAGUUUUCAGCUCUUCCAUUCCCAGAUUACCUUUUCUUUCCAGAGCAACAGGAGAAAAGCUAUCACUUGGAUGCCAAGAAGCUUUUGAAGUUUUCAAGCAGGACCAUGCUGACAGUAUAACAAUUGAGGACAACAAACAGCUUCUGAAGCAGAGGUUUGACGAAGCUAAAUGCCUUGGAGAGAAAUUAAAUGAAGUGAGAAAUAGAAUAAACCAUCUGAAAGGAAAGAUAAUCCAGAGGCAGAUUCAGAGAGCAGCUCUAGCUGUUUCAAAUCCUUCUGAAGAACUAACAUUUGAUCUAGUAGAAGAGAAUCUUCGAAUGCAAAUUGAAGAAGAAAAAAAAAGCUAUAAAAGAGUGUACAGCUGCUUCAAAGGGCUGAAGGUAGAGAUUGAGCACCUGCAGCUUCUUAUGGAAAAAUUGAAGAUGAAGGUGCAAAAAGACUUUGAAGUCUGGUGGUCUGAAGAGGCAAAAAAAAUCCAGCAGGAAAAGCCAGAGAUGGUUACUUCACCAAAUACUGCCACUGUUUAUCCACAGUUUAUCAGAUCCUCGCAGCAUCUAUCACCUAACAGUUUUUCAGACUUCAAUAAAGACAGCUCUUACGAAGAUCCAGCUGUGAAAACCAACUCAAUCACUUUUGGUAACCCAACUUCAAAAAUAAGGAUCCCACCAAGUUCAAGUACAUCUAUUCCUCUGACUGGAGACAGCCAGGCUGAUGCUGACAUCCUAGCUUUCAUUAAAGCACGACAGAACAUCCUGCAAAAGAAAGGCUUGGGAAACAAAUGAAAUUCUUGUCACAGUCCACUAUUUCCUUUUAGAAACAGUGAAAGACCUUUAUUCUUUCCAUUCCUCUUCUGUUUAGAAACAGGUACAAGUAAGUACUUCAGAUGUACAGGCUUAAUUGGUAAGGGUAUAUAAAUUGUCUUUGACAGCAAAACCCAUUUCUCUGACAAUAGGUAUUUGACUAUUUGCACUCAGAAUCUUCAUCUUGCAUUAAAAUUAACAAAACUGAAACAGGAGUUUGCCAAAUACAUUUGUUUAUGAGAAUUCAUUGAACAUUUCUAAAUAUUAAAAUUAUUAAAAUUAUUAUGUAUUAAUGCUUUUAUACAUCUUUAAUCUGAGAAAAGUCUAUUACUAUUGAUAGGGCUUUUUGCAUCGAUUCACAUAAGGCUUUGUUAAUUAUACCUAUUGAACAUCAAGAGAUAUCCAUUCAAUGGCAGUAGUUACCUGGGUUAUAAAAUUACAUAAAAUUUCAUUUGAGAUUUUUUCCUCCUCAAGGAAUAACAAUUUUCAUAUCAGAUUAUUAGAAUACUGAGAUUGCAUUGUAAUAUAAAAACAAAUGUAUUUUAGAAAGUAAUUCUGGAGUUCAAAAUUUCCCAACUGUUUUCUUUUUAUUUGAAUGGAUUAAAUGUUGUGCAAAAUGCACACCCUCCCAAAAUAUACAGGUUUCAGAAGAAACAAAUAUACUUAAUAGGCUUUAAACAGAACAAGGCCAAUACUUCUGAAACACCAAUAAGAUGUGAAAAUUUAAAUGCAUUUAUGUCUUAUAUACAGUGUAAUUUCACUAGUAACUCAGUACUCUUUUAUUGCAUAAUAUUCAGUUAUGAAACAAUUUGUUUUACACAUCAAAUUAAAUCAAAAACACAAUGCAAAGUACAGUCUAAUUCUCUGAGAUAUACAUACUACCAUAUUGAAGCUGUCAUUGAAGCAUUUGCAUGCUAGUGAUAAUCUUAUAGUCAUGCAUUUAGAAGCGUAUGGGUUGUUCACAUAAAAGAAAACAAUAUAUUGGCAGAAGUCACAUAUUCUCAAGAAUGUGUAUUUUGUUAUUUACAUGCUGAUACUUCUUUGUCAAAUUCAUAAUUACACAGAAGUACACAGUGAAUUGCUGUUCUAACCUAUAGAAGAUAUGUUUGUCAAAAUAACAACUAAUAUACUAUCAAUUUAAAAAUAUUAAAAUUGUACCUUUUUUUGCAUUUUAAUUUUCUGUAAAAGUCUACACAGAUACCAUAUAAACUGGUAAGCUUUAGCAGAAUUUAGUAUGUUCAAUCUGAGAUAAAAGUCAGGUAUACUCUUGCUUUGAGAAGAGUUCAAGGAUUUGGUCAGAAGUGGAAAAAUCCACAGGCUUUCUCACUUUCAUAUGUCUGCUUUGUUGGAGAUUAUAUUAAAAUGCCCUUUUUCCAGAA